AUGAUUGAUAAGAGAUACCAUAAGGGUUCAACUACGCUUAAUAGAUAUACAUUCUAUUUGAAUAGGAUGGAACAACUGAAAGUGUCGACGGUGGAAAAUGUCACUUUGAGUCGUAGAGGAUAUUGCAUUUCGGGUACAUUGAUUUUAUCCCCUUAUCAUCUCGUAUUUAGUUUUAUUCCAAGCACAUCUGGAGACGCUUCAAAUCCGAAAGAAAUAUGGUUUUGUUAUCCAAUAAUUGAUAAAAUAUCUAAGGCAAGAGGAUCAUCAUGGAUAGAUAGCAUUAAUAAUAAUAACAAUUCACCAUUUGGUAGUAAUCAUGAAAGCUCUCCAAAACCACCGCUGUAUCUGGACGAGAAUUUUGAUCAUUAUAGUGCAUCACAUAUACGUAUCCAAUGCAAGGAUUUUACUUACUAUUCUUUUGACUUUGUUAAUGAUUCCACAUGUGCAGAAGUAUUUCUGAAGUUGAGCCAUUUGAUUACAACACCGAAGACAAAAAAUGAUAUAAGAGCCUUUUAUGCAUUUGACUACAACCCCAAUACGUUGGAACAAAACCUAGAAACCAGGGGAUGGGAUAUAUACGAUCCUAUUGCCGAGUAUAAGAGACAGGGGUUGGUUUCUGAAAAUGAAACUUAUUGGAGAAUUUCAAGAAUAAAUGAUGAUUAUAGAUAUUCUCUAUCAUAUCCUAACAUACUCGUCGUACCAUCUACGAUAUCUGACAAUGUUUUGAAACACGCUGGUAAAUUCAGAUCAAAGCUGAGAAUACCAUCUAUUGUAUAUAGACAUCGAGCCAGUAUAAAUGGUAAUGUGAUUGCAAGGUGUUCCCAACCGUUGGUAGGUUUGAAUCUUCAAAAUAGGUCAAUUCAAGAUGAAAAGCUUAUAGGGGAGAUAUUUAAAUGCCAAGAGAGAGAGAGGUUUGACUGUUUAUCUACUGAGGAUGUCUUGCAAAGUCAACCUCAAAGAAAUUUGAUUGUUGAUUUAAGACCCAUUACAAAUGCUAUGGCACAACAUGCCUUGGGAGCUGGAACAGAAAAUAUAGAUAAUUACCGAGCUAGCAAAUCUAAGAAAAGUUCGAAAGACAAAGAACGAGCUUCUCAAGAUGAUGAAAGUACUCUGCGACAAGUAGACAAGAUAUUUUGUAAUAUUGACAAUAUUCAUGUUAUGAGAGAUUCUUUGAAUAAACUAACAUUUAUUUUGAAUGAGUUAGAUAAGUAUCCUGUUACUUCAAAUACUGAUGGACGUUCUACGUUCCCAUUACUUCAGCAAUCUCUUACAAAAACCCAAUGGUUACAUCGACUCUCUAUAAUCUUGCAAUCUGUGGACCGCAUAACAAAAUCCAUCCAUUUAAACAAUACUAAUGUUGUCAUUCACUGUUCCGAUGGGUGGGAUCGUACAUCUCAAGUGUCGGCGUUGCUGCAAUUGUGUCUUGAUCCAUAUUAUAGGACAAUGAAAGGGUUUAUGGUGCUAAUUGAAAAGGAGUGGGUAAGCUUUGGGUUUAAAUUUUUCACCAGAGCUGACCAUGGUGGCUGUAUUGGUGCUACUGUGCAAAAGCAACAACAACAGGAAUUGUACCAAAAUGCAUCACUGUCUCUGCCGUCAUUAGAGAGUUCUGAGACGAACGAUAACUCGGUAAUUGGUAUUAGCAACACAGGAAAAACAGUCACUUCCUUCUUUCAAAGAGCUGCAAGUCAUAUUAAGAAUACAGCUUCUGCAGCAUCCUCACAGUCCAACUUGGAUACCGACACUGUUGAAAAUGGUAAGUCGGUUUCAUCUACUUUCCCUUAUUCUGGUAGUAACGAGAAAUCUCCGAUUUUCCAUCAGUUCUUGGAUUGCGUCUACCAAUUGUACCGCCAGAAUCCAUCAGUUUUCGAAUUUAAUAGCAGGUUUUUGAAACGUUUGUUCUAUCACUAUUAUUCUUGUCAAUAUGGAUCGUUCUUAUGUGAUAGUGAGAGAGAGUCUGAAAUAAAUAAAGUCAACAAGUCCACUGUCUCUGUAUGGGACUAUUUCAACUCGAGGCCAGCGGAGUUUAUAAACAAACUGUACUCUCCUGACUCUGACAGUCUGCAAGAUGAUGGUGUAUUAUUCUUUAAUUUCACUGACAUUAAAUGGUGGUAUGAGCUUUAUGGUAGAUCUGACGAAGAAAUGAAUGGCUUAUCUAAUUCUUUGGAUCGUAAAUUUGCCCAGAUGAAUUUAUCUAAUACUAAAAAAGCUACGACUGGUGAUAAAUAA